AUGGGCGCCUAUAGGUCCCAGAUACCCGAUCAAGUCGCGAGGAACGGCAGAGCCUCGAGGCUCGCUAUAGCUUGGACUAGACGCCCACCGCCCGGCCCGCGCCUCGAGCUCAAAUGGACGACAUCUCGACCGGGUCCGACUCGGAUUACACAAAUUCGGUAUGUGUGGAUCUCGUGGUUCCUCUCGAGCAAGGGCAACGAGUACUUCUGCGAGGUCGAGGAGGACUUCAUCCUCGACCGCUUCAACCUCACCGGCCUCAACUCAGAGGUCCAGAACUACUCGCAAGCACUUGAUCUCAUUACGGACAACCUUGACGAUGACUUCCAAGAUGAGAUGCGCGGAACACUCGACAUCCAGGCCCGCCUACUAUAUGGCUUAAUCCACUCUCGCUGGAUAAUAACCGCACGGGGUCUUAACAAGAUGGUCGAGAAAUACAAAAAGGCAGACUUCGGCCGCUGCCCACGUGUACUAUGCCAACAGCAACCUCUUCUACCAGUCGGCCUGACGGACGUACCAUACGAGAAGAGCGUCAAGCUCUACUGCGCCCGCUGCGAAGAUCUCUACUCGCCUAAAUCCUCCCGCCACGGCUCCAUCGACGGAGCAUACUUCGGCACAUCAUUCCCUCACCUCCUCUUCCUCUGCCACCCAAACUUGAUCCCACCAAAAGCUGGUCCGGUUGAGACUUCUGGCAGAGGAGGGAGUACCGCCGCUGGCCGUGCGCAACGUGCACGGGAGGAGGCCGCGCAGGCAGAGGCGACGGGCGCGGAGAGCAGCGGGAUCGGAGAGGGAGUCAGUACGGCUAGUGUGGCGCUACGUGCGGAGAGGUAUCGUCCGAAGAUAUUUGGCUUCCACGUAAACGAGAUCGCCAAGCUGCAAAGAUGGCAGGAGGCGACGCGCGAUAGGCAAGUGGCAAGACUUGAGCAAUUUGAGGCUCAGGAUCAACCGCAGUAG